AUGGCACCUAAACGUACCCACGACGGUGAUGCUGCUCCAGCUUCAAAGGGCGAGCCCGCGAUCAAGAAGCGCAAGGGUUUUAGCGUUGGACCCGCAAACCUCCCAGAUGGCACAUAUCGUCGCAAGACUCAAAAAAUAAAAAAUGACUUGAUUCACAAAGCCAAAGUGAAAAAGGCCUAUGCCAAGAUCAAGGCCGAAGAGCUUGCCAAAGCGCCUAAGAAAUCCGUGUACGAUACCGCCGAGGGGGAAGAAAUCGAAACUGGCAAAAACAAGGAAGAGGCUGGCGAAGAAACCCCAACUCUGGAACUCCAUCCGGAUCGCAUAGCCAUGCCGAGCCGGCACCUGCACCUGAGACCAGAGCGGCGCCCACGAGGCGAUGGCAAACAGAGGGAGCGCCGGCCAAAGCCUUCUGCAUUCACAAAGGAGAUGGAAAUUGCAGAGAAGCGGAGGAAAGCGGAGGAAGCACGACGGAAGGAUCGCGAGGCCAAACAAAAUGAGCGUGAGGCACUGCUGCGCGCGAAGCGGCCGGACCAGUUUGGGAAGAGGAGAUUAGGUAGGGAGAGCAACGUGUUGCUCAGUCGCGUGCAACGGAUGGUUGGUCAGAAUUAG